AUGGAUUAUCACACAGACUUUGCAGGCCAGUUUGUUGUGCACCCGUCGCUUCCGCAAGAUAUUGUUGACACGUACAACGUUCUCGCCUCUGGACGCAACAACCUUUGUGGAGAUGCAGUUCCAUAUAGCUUCGAUGCUAUCGUACAUCACUUGCAUGGGUUACCUCCUGGGACGUCUAAAAGAACAGCUAUGGAUUAUGGACGCAUGUUACGCAUGACAAAAACACCAUCAUCGUGGUGUGGAUGGCGUUUAUACAACACUACUACCAGCGAUGAUAACAAUAACACAACAACUACGACCUUGCGUUGGUCUGAGAUGGAAGAGUUUUACGAGUACAUGUAUUGGCUGCAAUAUGUCAUCAAUUUUAUUACUCUCCUCGCCAAACAUUUGCAUGACAUUGAUAUACAAAACUUCGAAGGCGCGAUCUCUUGGGCAGGCCAACACGAUGAUGCGGAUCAAGGGACGUUGAGAGUGUUUCGCCGUAAUGAGCAAGAAGCAACAAGUUUCUUUCCCGAAGACUUUUUACCACUACCACCCAUACCACCAACAGCACGAGUUUCCUGGUAUAUGCCACCAGCCAUCCCUAUUCUCACUACACAACGACAUGACGUACCACGUGGUGAACCCUUCCAAUCGGUGUUUGGUGUGCGUGUAUACGUUACGACGCCCAUUUAUCAGACCAUCCAGAUCAUGGACAUGAACGAUAUGCUGUUUGAUGGUGGCUAUUCUCGAGCUGAUUAUGUAGUUCACCUUGCACGUGUUGAACAGCAAGCUGAUACGCAUCAACUAGUGUUGCAGAUCCAUCAUGAAACCUCAGCAACAAUCAACCACCCAGAAGACCUUGUCCUUUUCGAUCGACGACGUAUUGAGCUGGAUGCUAUAAGCGGUCAAUGGUGUUAUCGAGGAUCAUCAAUUCCAGCCGCUGUUGGCUUUUCUUCAAUAGUACAAGAGCAGCUUUGCCAUACUUUUUCAUGGUUGCGAUCUUUUCGACGUGGGGUGCCAAUGGAUUACUUCGCAUCAAUUAUCGGAGGAGGUUCUCGUACAUGCAGCACGUGUCGAUCUUGGUUUGUGGGUCCUGCACAAGUGCGAGCGGUAUUCUCUUGGCCACAUGGGUAUGUGCAAACUCCUUUCCUCGGCAACUAUUGCAGCAUGACAUGUUUCAAAAGACACCAGCAUAACCUCGUGGAAGGUCGUUUCUUUCAAUCACCUUUAUCAUCCAUUGGAGAACGCAGUGAAACCCAAUACGACAAUAAUUGA